AUGGGUACCGAUGAAAGAGCCGAGCCCAGUGCAGAGUCGGCGCCACCCAGCUCUCCACGGUUCAGACGGACCUAUGUCGCGUGCGAUUCCUGUCGAGCUCGGAAAGUAAGAUGUAUAGUUGGGGACAAUCCGCCUUGCGCGAAGUGCAAACGAGAGCACCGUGAUUGCCGAUUCGAUCGCCGUCCAAAAACAGCAAAACACAGAGAUCUACCGAGUUGGGUGGGCGUUAAAUCAGCUUCGCAAUCAGCCACGUCCCCGACACGCCAGAACAGAGUAGACGCUGGGUCUUCAAGACCUUCUACGGCUUCACCUCAAGUCAUUGGACCGCCGGAGCAGGAGGAUACACCACCAGAAGCAAUCACGCCUUCAACAGCCUCGGAAAGUUACCGCACAUGGGCCAAUCACUCUUUACAAGACAGCCAGUUGCUUUCCGAGAGAGUCAUGUCUAGUUUUGUUACUGGGUCGAAUGAUGCUCUUGACGUCCUGUCUGAUGCGGCAAAUUUACUACACAAUGCCACUGUCGCUCCUUUCUCUGGGCAACAACCGACUCAGCCGUCUUUUCCAGUACGCGAACUACCGGUUGCAGUCCCUGCUAGCAUGCAGACAGGUUGCCAGACCGGAGUAGGGUUCACGAUCUUGUCCUUAUCUGAGCCUUCGGACGCAACCCUGGACGUAUGGGAUAAAUGUCGAUUCGUUCGUCAAGGCUGGUUUACGUCGCAAGAAGCCGUGACAUAUGUAGAUCUAUUUUUCAAACAUUUGUCACCCCUAUCGCCCGUAUUAAUAAACCAAUACAGUCACCACGAGGCACACACAAGUCUCAUAUGCCAAGAGUCAAUGCUCUGCUGCACAAUUCUCAUGAUCUCGUCUCGUUUUUUCAUGCUUCCAGGAGCAGGCGGGGUCUCUCGAAGUCACCUUAUACACAAUCGUCUCUGGCAAUUUUGUGAAUCUCUCAUCAAGAGAAUUAUCCUCGGACAAGAAAAGGUUUCGACUGCCAAGAUGAGGAUUAUUGGAACAAUUGAAAGCCUCCUGCUGAUAUCCGAUUGGCACCCCCGUGCCGUUCACUUUCCGCCAGAUACAGAGGGUUGGGACGCCGCUCUUGUUGACACCGAAUACGAUCGCCAAAACCGUAAACGCACGAACGACGAAGAGCCGCUGCUCCGUUGGCGAAAAGACGUCUUUGAGCCAGCGAAGAGAGCCAGCCGGAUGUCUUGGAUGCUUCUUGGCCUAGCAACAAACCUGGCACACGAGCUUGGGAUCAUGUCAAAUGAUCACACAGUCUUAUCCACCUUGGACUCUGCUAGCCGAAGAAGAUUCCGAGCACAGAAGCUCCUUUACACAUACAUGACGCAAACAGCCACGCGGUUGGGCUAUCACUCGGUAUUUCCGGAGAGUACUACAAUUGCUGCUUCCCGAUCUUUUAUGCGGGAUGUAAGCGAUGAAUCGCAACUAUCAUGGAAUGCGUAUAUGGACGCAUACUUGGAGCUGACCCGCCUUUCAAAAGUAGCAUCCUCCAUGUUUUUUCAGUCCAUAACACACUUGCAAAAUGUCCUCCAAAAUGACAAUUACCCAGAUCUCCUAGAGCACUUCUUAGAGUCGCUGUCUAAUUGGAAUAAAACCUUCGACUCAACUCUCAAUGACAUUUAUGAGCCCCUUAAAAACUCAUUGCUUGUUGAAUUUUACCAUCUUAAAGCUUGCAUCGGGGCAAUCUCGUUACAAGCAGUUGUGCAGAGGGCCACGGGUUCUGAAGCAAGUAGGACCCAUAAAGAUGGUCUUGCAGCUUAUAUGACUGCGCAAGAUUCUAAAUUCUUGCAAGAGGUAGUAUCAGAUUGUAGCAAGGUACUUCAUAUUGCUACUGUUACGCCUUUCAGAGAGCAUCUGGCGUACUCACCCGCCCGGAUUCGGUUGGGCGUCAUCUCUGCGUCUGUGUUCCUGUUAAAAGCAAUCAGUAUUGGCUCGCCAGCGACGGACGUGCAUGCAGCCCUAAACACGUUAGAUCGCUGUACAACGACUCUCAAAACAUAUCCACCUGACGAUAUGGACUUCGCCAUGAGAUAUGCCGACCUCAUUGUAAAACAUACUUCACAUCUACGUAACAACAUGAUCUCGGACAAGCAAGUGCAGCCUCCUAGCAACACUAUCAGGCGGCAUGAACCUGCCAGCUUAGAUGAAUUCGAUCUAACGUUGUCAACGCUCUCUUCUGGAGAUAUCUUGACCGAUAACUCGAAACUGGAUCAUCAUGAAUUCUGGAGGGCUUUGCAGUUCGAUUCAAGCAUAGCUCCAUUUGGCGAUAACGAUGAUCAGUUGGCUCAAGGCUUCGAUGUCGACUCGCUCAAUUUUCUGUGGAAUAUGCCAGACAUUAGCUCAUAG